CAAAAUAUUUUCAGUCGUUAUUUAGUUGCUCUCCGCACUUCGAGUCCGGCGGAUCAGAGAUUAGAAUUAGAGAAACUAACACCUCGAUCGCGAAUACCACUGUCCCACAUCUUCCUCACUCCAUUCACGGCGAUGUCAACUCAUCUGGAUAAAUUCAGCAGUGCUACCUGGUUGUUAGCUGGCUUUGUUUUAUGUAUUGCUUUAUCAAAUGGUAUAAUAGCCGCAUCCGAUAGGCCCAAUAUCAUCAUUAUAAUGGCAGAUGAUCUGGGUUUUGACGACGUUAGCUUUCGCGGCUCCAAUAAUUUCCUCACUCCCAACAUUGAUGCUUUGGCGUACAGCGGAGUGAUCCUUAAUAAUCUCUAUGUCGCUCCAAUGUGCACACCCAGUAGAGCAGCUCUUCUGACUGGAAAAUAUCCUAUAAAUACGGGAAUGCAGCAUUAUGUGAUUGUGAACGAUCAGCCUUGGGGUCUCCCCCUUAAUGAGACUACCAUGGCGGAGAUUUUCCGGGAAAACGGUUAUCGAACCAGUCUCCUCGGAAAGUGGCAUUUGGGAUUUUCGCAGCGUAAUUUUACGCCUACGCAAAGGGGCUUCGAUCGGCACUUGGGAUAUCUUGGGGCCUAUGUGGACUACUACACCCAGAGUUAUGAACAACAGAGUAAGGGAUACAAUGGUCACGACUUCCGCGAUAAUCUGAAAUCCAGCCACGAUCAGGUGGGACACUAUAUCACCGAUGUGCUCACCGAUGCUGCCGUCAAGGAAAUUGAGGAUCAUGCAUCGAAAAAUAGUAGCCAGCCCCUGUUUCUGCUUUUGAAUCACCUGGCUCCCCAUGCUGCAAAUGAUGAUAAUCCCAUGCAGGCACCAGCAGAGGAGGUGUCCCGAUUCGAAUACAUUCGCAACAAAACCCAUCGUUACUACGCCGCAAUGGUUUCCAAGCUGGAUCAAAGUGUGGGUUCUGUAAUCGAUGCCCUAGCUCGCCAGGAAAUGCUCCAAAACAGCAUCGUACUCUUUCUGUCCGAUAAUGGUGGGCCAACACAGGGGCAGCACUCUACGACUGCCUCUAACUAUCCACUGAGGGGGCAAAAGGAUUCCCCCUGGGAGGGUGCUCUGAGAUCCUCGGCGGCCAUUUGGAGCACUGAGUUCGAGCGGCUGGGAAGUGUGUGGAAGCAGCAGAUCUACAUUGGCGACCUGUUGCCCACAUUGGCGGCAGCAGCCGGAAUAUCCCCGGAUCCGGCGCUCCAUUUGGACGGAUUAAAUCUGUGGUCUGCCCUCAAGUACGGAUACGAAUCUGUGGAGCGGGAGAUUGUGCAUGUGAUUGAUGAGGACGUGGCGGUUCCGCAUUUGUCCUAUACGCGUGGCAAGUGGAAGGUGAUUAGCGGCACUACCAAUCAGGGCCUCUAUGACGGGUGGCUUGGUCACAGGGAGACCAGUGAAGUGGAUCCUCGCGCCGUGGAAUACGAGGAACUCGUUCGGAAUACCAGUGUCUGGCAGCAGUUGCAGCAGGUGACAUCCGGGGAGCGCAACAUCAGCGAAUUAAGAGAUCAGGCCAGCAUCGAAUGUCCAAAUCCUGCGACAGGAGUCAGACCCUGCUUGCCUCUCGAGGCACCAUGUCUCUUCGACAUCGAGGCUGAUCCUUGCGAGCGGAGCAACCUGUAUGCGGAGUAUAAGAACUCGACGACCUUUCUGGAUCUUUGGGCCCGAAUCCAGCAAUUUGCCAAACAGGCUCAACCUCCCAAUAAUAAGCCCGCGGAUCCCGACUGCGAUCCCCGAUUUUUCCAUAAUGAGUGGACCUGGUGGCAGGACGAGAAGGCUUCCAGUUCAGGGACAAUGGGGGGAAUGAAAGUCUCUACCCUUUUGGUGGUAUUCAUCGUCACAAGGUGUAUUCAUUAAAUCAAAAUUUGUAUGUAGGUAAAAUAUUAAAUGAUUUAAUGAUUAAUGAAUAGCAAAGUUGGUGUGUAUUAAAAAAAAUUUAUGAAAACUUCGUCUAAGGACGAUAGACAAUAACAUGUUGUUAUUCUUUUAUUGCAAAUUUAUUUAUUUCCAAAAGAGAAAACUUUGCCUUUGCUUGUGAAGAUAACUCACUAUAACCCGAUAGUUUUAGUUAAAACUGUGCAAUUAUUUAUUUCAAUUCAAUUGUA